CCUCUUCCUGGCGGCGACGUGCGACCUCACGCGGGUUCCUGCUCCUGCUCUGGGCGGCACAGACAGGCUGCGUUCCCGCCAGAUAGUUAAGUUUCGUUUUCAGCAGUUACGGAGAGUUCCCCUUCCCGCCAUCUUUCCCCGAAGUCGAUUCUUCCUUUCCGGAGCGCAGAGCCUCAGAUAUGGAAGGUCAGCGCCCAAGGCCAACAGCGCCGCGCGCUAAGAAGCCGGCUGCAAAGCGCGCCACGACGGAGCCCAAAGGGACCGUGGCUGCCCGGCCCCACUCGGGAAGCUGCGUCCCGCAAAGGGGGGCGCGAUCGCGGCGUGCGGAGUGUGACGGGGACCCCGCGGAGAAGCCGCGCGCCCAAGCGCCCCGAGCGCGCCCGGGAAGGGCGUCCGUGCGCACUAAGGACCCACAGCCCUCCGCCACCGGCGCCGCAGGAGAUGCCAAGCAGCCCGGCAUCCUGGAGCCCCAGCCUCCGACAGUCCCCGAGGUCGCAAGGGGCGUACGGGAGCCCCAGCUUCCGACAGUCCCCGAGGUGCCGGAGGUCUCAAGGAGCGUCCGGGAGCCCCAGCCUCCGACAGUCCCCGAGCCGGCCGAGGUCUCAAGGGGUCCUCGGGGCAGGAGGGGCGCGCGCUCCACGGGGCAGCAGAGAGCCCCGCGGGCUUCCAGGAAGGAGCCGGAGACCCUCGACAAAAAGCUCAAGAGGGUGCUGGGAAAUUUGAAGUUGAAACGGGAUGAGAUCUCGGAGGCAGCCGAGGUGGUGAAUGAAGUCGUGAAGAGCCUGCUGAAAGGAAUGCAGACCCGUGAGUCGGAGUUCAAAGGCGUGCAGAAGCUCAACACUGGCAGCUACUAUGAGCGUGUGAAGAUUUCUGCUCCUAAUGAAUUUGAUGUUAUGUUUAAACUGGAAGUCCCCAGAAUUGAUCUACAAGAAUAUCAUGACACUGGUGCUUUUUAUCUUGUGAAGUUCAAAAGAAUUCCAGGAGGAAAUCCUCUGAGUCAUUUUUUAGAAGGGGAAGUAUUAUCAGCUUCCAAGAUGUUGUCAAGAUUUAGGGAAAUCAUUAAAAAAGAAGUUAAAAAAAUUGAAGGUAUUGAUGUCAGUGUGGAGAAGGAAAAACCAGGAAGCCCUGCUGUAACACUUCUUAUCAGAAACCCGGAAGAAAUAUCUGUGGAUAUAAUUCUGGCUUUGGAAUCAAGAGGCAGCUGGCCCAUUAGUACCAAAGAAGGACUACCCAUCAAAAACUGGCUUGGCACAAAAGUUAGGACCAAACUAAGACAAGAACCAUUUUAUCUUGUGCCCAAGAAUGCAAAAGUUGGAAAUGGUUUUCAAGGCAAGACAUGGCGCCUCUCUUUCUCUCACACUGAAAAAUACAUUUUGAGUAAUCAUGGGAUAGAGAAAACAUGUUGUGAAUCUGCUGGAGUGAAAUGUUGCAGGAAAGACUGUUUAAAAUUAAUGAAGUACCUUUUGGAACAGUUGAAAAAAGAGUACCAAGAACUAGAUGAAUUCUGUUCUUACUAUGUGAAAACUGCAAUCUUUCACAUGUGGACUGAGAACCCACAAGACAGUCAUUGGGACCCCAAGCAACUGAGCACCUGCUUUGAUGAGUUCCUGGCGUUCUUUGUUGAGUGCCUCAGGACAGAGAAACUGAUGCAUUAUUUUAUUCCAAAGUUCAAUCUAUUCUCUCAAGAAGAAGUUGACCAAAAAAGUAAAGAAUUUCUGUUAGAGAAAAUUGAAUAUGAAAGAAACAAUGGAUUUCCAAUUUUUGACAAGUUUUGAAAUUGUGUCUGUAUGUUAUAAUGUGUUCUUGUGGGUGUGUGUUUAGGACAGAGGUUGAUGCCAAAUGUCUUCCUCAAUCACACUUCACUUUUUUGAGACAAAGUCUGCUUCUGAACCCAGAGCUCAUGGACAUGUCCAGGCUGAUUAGCCAGUGAGCUCCUGGGAUCCACCUGUCUCUGCUUCUCCAGCCCUGGGAUCAUAGAUGAGCAUCACCUAGACAGCAUUUACAUUGUUGUUGGGGAUCUGAACUCAGGUCAAAGCAAGUGUGCAAAGCAAGUACUGUAUGGACUGAGCCCUCUUCCCAGCCUGGGAUUGUAUUUUGAAAUGAAACUGGGUUCAAGUCCAUCGUGGUGGUGUGUGCCUGUAGUCCCAGCACAUGAGAAAUGGAGCCAGAACAACAGUUCAGUGUGAUCCUUGGCUGUAUCUCUAGUUCAAGGAUAGCCUGGGCUACAUGAAACCUGCUUAAGGCAAGGUAUAAAAGGGGCUUGGAGAGAUGGCUGGGUGUUUGACAGCACUUACUGUUCUUCCAGAGGACCUGGGUUUGGUCCUCAGCACCCAAUGGCAGGUCAUAACUAUGACUCCAGUUUCAGGAAGUCUAGCCUGCUCACUUCAGGAUCCUGCUUGCACAUGGCAUAUGCACACAAACACAUAUACAAGAGAAUUAUUUUUUUAAAUAAUUCAUUUAACUUUAUUUUAUGUGCAUUGGUAUGAAGGCAUCAGAUCUCCUGAAACUGGAGUUACAGACAGUUGU